UCCGCCGUCAGUCACUAUAUUCGCUGGCGAGUCAACCUGACCUAGAAUCGCUACUUAUUACAAUAUGGACUGAACCAUCCAGCCUGAUCAAAGAGGGGAGGUGGCGAGCACAUAUCAGCGGCACUCGCUCUUCUCUGAUGGGGGAAGCCAUGUUAGUGCCGUAAGCUAUUUAAAUCACCCGUGUUUCGUAAGGAAAGGCUGUAACGAGCACGUUUUGGGGAGACCGAAUCGCUCCCGAAGCCCCGUCGCGCGGAAUCGGACACCCCUCUGUGUUUUUCCAACAGCACACUUUUCACCAUUAAAAUAUAGCGGCUUUUCCCAACCACUGUAAAGGAGAGCAAUCCAAAGGAUAAAGGAAACAGAGUAUCAUUUUUGCAUCUGAAACAUAUAAUGUCGACUGAUAUAGCAAGAAGCAUAGCCCUACAAGUGUGCCGAUAUACUGUCUAUGAGGACUGACGCUGAUUCUCAGAAGAGAUCUUUGUGUCGCUGCAGCCAGCUGCGGUUAUUAUUUGAUCCUCUGCUAUUUUUAACGCACAUCUCUCGCUCUACAGAUACACCGCGGACUUGAUUUAAAGCGUGUAUUCUAGUGGAUCUCUAGCACACAAGAGCCUGUCGGAUUUUAAGCUCUCUCGCUUUCUGUCUUCGGCCAGGAGCUUGAUAAAACAGCUCCCCUCCCCCAAAGCUUUGGCGAAACAGGAACAACUUCUUCGAGAGAGAAAAAAGGGCUGCACAAGUUUGGGACGUCUUGGAUCUGCCGUUUGUCCAUUUGUAGUCCGGAGCUGAGAUUUUUUUUUUCUACACCGAUUCUUGGGUGUUUUACCUAGGAUUGCCGGAGCCCUUUGUUAGCGAGAAGGCUCGGGCAUCCAUGCUCUUGAAUUUUUUCUUUGGAAAAUGGGAUACCUUUAGGAUUAUAAUGAGGGGAAUGCGCUCGCUUGUGGAAUAACUUCACUUUUUCAGUGGGAAUGGAAUUGGCGGAGCCCUGAUUUAUUUUAUCAAUUGCGAAUGCAAUGGGGAAAGUGCUUUAUGUGGAAUAUUUGCUGUUGCCGUGCUCAACAUGGGUGUUCGGAUAGAGUCUGUGAUCUCCUGAGCUCACUGGUUUAAUCUACGGGAGAAGAGGCGGUCACAAAUUUUCACACACAUUUUACAGUGGAAAUUAUUUGCAUGGUCUUCAGAUGAGGGAGAACGGGAGACUCUGAAACCUGAGGGGUGUUUUAGAUCGUUGUGCGGUUGGUGGUGUUCUGUUGCAGUCAGUGCAGUCAUGGCCACAGCUAUAUCGUGACAUAGAGGGACAUGUGUGGCCAGGGGCUGUGAGGGCUCCUUGGGGAGACUCCAGACAAGCCCACACAGAGAAUGCUGGAGGUGCAGGAGGAGAGACCACCAGCAGCAGCAGUAGCAGCAGCAGCCACGGCAACCACCGCAGCUACCGGAACCACAGGAAACGCUUCAGGCAGGAAGGAGAGGGCCAAAGAACGGCAAGAGGAGGGCCAGGACUGCAGCAGCCCUGUCGCAACCCCCAGCACCGGGCCCCGGAGCACCCGGGCCAAAACUACACCCACCCCUACACAUACACACACCCCCAGUCCCCAACAGCACUCUACUGCUCCUGCCUCUGUCACCCUGGGACUGACGUCAAUGCAUUCCAGCAACCCCAAAGUGAGGAACUCUCCAUCGGCUAACACUCAGAGCAGUCCGAAAUCCAAGCAGGAGGCCAUGGUGAGGUCGCCACCCGUGAUGUCCCCCUCUAGCGCUGCACAGAUGGACUCCAAACUGCCCAACCAGGGAAAGCAAGGGGGAGCCGGCAGCCAAUCACAGCCAUCUCCUUGUGACCCCAAGUCACUGAGUGGAAGCCACACACCCAAAGGUCCCCAAGGCCCCAUAGGGAGUAUGGGACUCAAAAAUGGACAAGGCCUGAGUUCAGGCAAUGGGGCAAAAGUCAAAAUUAAAAGAGAGAGAAGCACUUCAGUGGAGUCAUUCGAACAAAGGGAUACAGGAACGCCAAACAAUGAAGGGGACCAGAAAGAAAUGGGCAGUAGAGCGAAAAGGUUAUGUGUUGGAGAGCGACGGUUGCCCUACAGCGGCGCAGAUUGGUGUUCAGGAGGAGAGAGCGAUGAAGACGACCCAGGAUUCUUCAACUGUAACUCCGCUGACAUAAAGCCAGAUCCAGGUGCUCUUUCUGCCUCUACACCUACCCACAAUACAGUAGGGGGACAGAGCACAACGUCUGAAUUGGGGAGUGGGCAGAAACCAGGGUCAAAGGUCGUUUACGUCUUCACCACAGAGAUGGCCAACAAGGCGGCAGAUUCAGUCAUAACGGGACAUGUAGACAAUAUCAUCACUUACCACAUGAAUAAUAUCUCUAAUGGCAAGGGUGGAAAGCCCCAGCUACCCCUGAACAAUCAGAUUGGGUCCCUCAGAAGUGACAUUAAACAACAAGGAGUUCCUUCCCAGCAACAGCCCUCAUCUCUCGCCAGUGAUCAGAACCACCAAGCAGCCUCUAAAGUAGCGCAGUCAGGCCAGCAGCAACAACCUCAAGCGCAACCCACCCAACCUCAGCAACCAACCCAGGGGGCAAAACCAACUAGCCUGCCUCCAGACAAUGCACCUUCAGCUGGUUUGGACUCUAAGAGCCUCCCCAGCAGUAGCCCACAGGAUGGUGCUGGAUCCCAUGAUGGUAGCAACUCUGCAGGGACACCUGGUAGCCAGGCCUCCAACCAGCCUUCCAAUGCUGGCCCUCAACAGAGCUUCCCAUCCCUAGAUUUACCUAAAGGGGCAGAUGCUAAGCUCACAGCUCAACACCACCAGCAGCUGGCUCAUGAAAUCAUGUCUAGCAUGGGGGACAACCCUGAGGGCCUUUCCCAAGAGCAACUUGAACACAGGGAACGUUCCUUACAGACUUUACGUGAUAUACAGCGAAUGCUCUUCCCAGAUGACAAGGACAUGGCUACCAUGGGCCAAUUGAAUAUGGGUGCACCCCCACCUAAUUCAGCAAUGAUGGAAGGAGGACCCAAGAAAACAGAACAAGGGCCUCUACAAGCCAUGAUGGCCCAGUCAAAAAGCCUUGGAAAGCCAGGUGGUCCAGGAGGACCACGUCCAGAUGGGCCUCCCUUUGGUCCACCUGGUCCUAGAGACAUGCCCUUUUCUCCAGAUGAUCUUGGACCCCCUCCACCAGGUCCAGGACCUAUGAACUCACAUCCAGGUGGAGAGCAUGGAGACCAUUUGACCCCAGAGCAGAUGGCCUGGCUAAAACUGCAGCAAGAGUUCUAUGAGGAGAAGAAGCGUAAACAAGAACAAAUGCAGCAUAGGCCAAUGGGAGACAUGAUGCUUCAUCAGGGUGGACCUAGAGGAAUGAUGAGAGGCCCACCGCCACCCUACCAGAUGAAUCCUGGAGAGGUGUGGGGCCCUGGUGGCCCUGAACCAUUCCCUGACCAGAUGAACAUGGGCCCCAGAGGGAUGCAUCCACACAUGCAGAGGAUGCCUGGCUUCCCUGGCAUGAUGAACCCCGACAUGGAGGGAGGGCCCAAUACUAUGCCCAGACCUGGAAUGAACUGGCCUGAUGAUAUGCCAAAAAUGGGGGAUGGGAGGGGAUUCCCUCCUGGGCAAGGCAUGUUUGGAGGUCCGGGUGGAAGAGUGGAAAGAUUCCCCAAUCCUCAGUCAGUACAGGAAGCUAUGUUCCAUCAAGGUAUGGGUGAUAAACAAGGCAUGGGACUGACACCUGGCAUAAUGAUGGAGAUGAAUCGAAUGAUGGGUAAUCAAAGACCCAUGGAGCCUGGAAAUGGAGGUGGCAUGAUUUUUCCCAGAAUGCCAGGUGAUGGUCCCAUGAGCCCCUCCUCAAGAAUGGAGUUUGUGAAAGGUCUUGGUCGAGACAUGAAUGAAUUUGGCAUGGGCCCUGGAAACCUCAAUGUAAACAUGGGCCCUAGCCCUCAGAUGAUGCUCCCUAAGAUGAGAGAACCACCAAUGAACCUUAGUCCAGAGGAAAUUAUGAAGAUGAGGCAAGGUGGAGGUCCAAUGCCUGACAAUGUAGUUCCUUCACAGAGAAUGAUGCAGGGGCCUCCUUUCCCUGACCAGCCCCAUGCAGGAGACCUCAACAUGGGACCUAAUCGACAAUUCCCUGGCAUGUGUCCCCAAGGCCCUGGAAGUCAAAGAUGUCCCAGAGGCGAGCCACCCUUCGGUCCUGACCAAAGAGGAGGUAAUGUGGGUGGAAAUGGUCGUCUUAGUCACAUGCCUCAUUUACCACCGAACCAGGUUCCCAACAGCUCAGGGCCUCCACCUGGCCAGAGAAAUAUGAGUCGUAAACCCUCAGACCUGAAUGUCCAAUCUGGCCCUGCAAACUCGCCCAACGUCAAUGUCAACCCGCUAAAGUCACCAACACUGCGGCAGGUCCAGUCACCAAUGCUGGGCUCGCCAUCAGGUAACCUCAAAUCUCCACAGACACCGUCCCAGCUGGCUGGUAUGCUUAGUGGACCAUCAGCUGCAGCAGUAGCAGCAGCGGCAGCCAUUAAAUCUCCUCCCAUGAUGGGCUCAGCAGGGGCAUCACCCGUCCAUAUGAAGUCUCCUUCGCUUCCUGCCCCCUCCCCUGGCUGGACGUCAUCACCCAAGCCACCCAUGCAAAGCCCAGGAAUCCCUCAGAACAAGCCUCCCCUUAGUAUGACAUCACCAAAUAUGAUGGGCAAUGUAGAGCAAGGUGGUAAUCCUCCUCCCUCAGCUCCUCCUUCCAGUAGUUCCUCCAGUCAGCCAGGUGGCAUGAAUGUGCCAGGAAGUCUUCCAUCCAGCAGCCCCUACACAAUGCCCCCAGAGCCAACGUUAUCCCAAAAUCCUCUUUCCAUCAUGAUGUCCCGCAUGUCCAAGUUUGCAAUGCCCAGUUCUACACCCCUCUACCAUGAUGCAAUCAAAACCGUGGCUAGCUCUGAUGAUGACUCGCCACCUGCUCGAUCGCCAAACCUGCCAUCUAUGAACAACAGCAUGCCCGGUAUGGGUGUGAACCAUCACCCAGGUCAUCCUCGAAUGAUGACUCCCAACUCUUCUGGCCCCAUGCCUUCCCUCAGCCCAAUGGGGAUGAACACUAUGGGCUCCCAGCCACUUUCCCAUGGCAUGCCAAACCAGAUGCCCUCACCCAAUCCAAUGGGCCCUAAUAUGCCUCCUCACUCAGGGCCUAUGGGUCCAGGCAUGAUGGCUCAUGGUAUGAUGAUGAACCCAGUCUCCCAAGACCCUGGCAUGGGCAACAACCAGAUGAUGCCACAGGGGCGUAUGGUUCUUCCUCACCGAGGACAGGGCUUCCCUCCAGGACAGUCACCUCCACAGCAGGUCCCCUUUCCUCACAAUGGUCCUGGGCACCAGGGUGGCUUCCCUCAUGGGAUGGGUUUCCAGGGAGAAGGGGGCCCACUGGGCAGGAUGGGCAAUAUGCCUCACGGACCUGGUGGUGAGCCAGGUAUGUGUAAACCUAACACUCCAGGAGGCCAGGAGUUUAAUAACAUGCCGGGUGUCUUCAAUGACUCGGAUUUACAUGAGGUCAUGCGACCAGGUGCGUCAGGUAUCCCCGAGUUUGACCUCUCUCGAAUUAUCCCUUCUGAGAAGCCUAGCCAGACUCUUUCUUACUUCCCUCGUGGUGGAGAUGCCCCUGGUGGGAAGCCACCACAUCCGUCUGGCCCACCUGGCUUUCCCCAAAUGCAGGGGAUGAUGGGUGAGAGCAAUCCAAGGAUGGGCCUCCCUAUGCAGGGAAUUGGUGGUCCUCCUGGCCCUGGACAUAUGGGACCACAGGACAUGCCCAUGGGUCAUCCAGGCCACAACCCCAUGAGACCCCCAGGUUUCAUGGGUCAGGGUAUGAUGGGGCCACAGCACAGGAUGUUGUCUCCUGGCCAGCAGCCAGGAAUGAUGGGAGGCCCUGGAAUGAUGCAAGGAAAGGAAAGGCCGAUGUACAACCACCCUGGCCCUGUGGGCUCACCUAACAUGAUGAUGUCACUACAAGGGAUGAGCGGUCCUCAGCAGACUAUGAUGAUGCCCUCUCAGAUGAGGCCUCGAGGAAUGGCAGGAGAUAUGGGGAUGGGAUUUAACCCUGGCCCAGGGAACCCUGGGAAUAUAAUGUUUUGAGCCUCCACUACAGUUAUGAACAGUCAGGAAACUGUGUAACCUGUGAAAUAAAAACCUUCGUAAUGAAAGACAAAAAGAAACUCUGUGUUCUUAAGCAGAUAUAUGUGGAAACCAGGACAUUUUCUGUGCACAUACACACCCUGACACCUGGUUAGAAUAAGGUUUAUAGCUUACACAGUGAUGGGUAUCCAUCACAUACAGAUGGAUGUGUUCACAGGGAAUCUUCUCAUUUAACAGGAGGAAGUGUGAGAAGCUAAUUGUGCUUUCCUCAAAGUUGGGCUCAGGUCCGGCACUGUUUGGAAUGGACUAUUUUCCGAUAACUUGGGAAUGUAUAUGGAAUUUACAAGACCGACUCGUGACGAGGAUAUUUGUUUGACAUUGUGGAUAAGGUGCCACAUAUAAAGUCUACAGCAAACCAAGUAUGAACGUUUAGGGGUUUCAUUGUACUUUUAUACAUAGGUGGAAACCAAGAAAGAUUGUUGGAAAAAAAAAAGUCCAAGAACUGAAAGAACAGACAUGAAAGUUGAAAAGUCAAGGAACAUUUUGUCACAAGGUGCACCGUCUUGGCUAUAUGUUUACAUCUCAUCGCAUCACUUCCCUCCAAACAGGAAAUGCUCUUUGUAUGUGUGUACUGUACUUGUGUUGUUAAAGGGAUUCUACCAGUGAUUUCUAUAGUUUUUUUUUUUUUUCAUCUUCAUUUGUAAAGGGGGGAUUGAGGUGGUUGUUUGUGGACAGUAGGUGACACAACACCACCACAAAAUGCUGUGUACUGUGGGGCGUACAGAAUAUUUUAAAAUUUAAUUUUCUUUGCUACUCCAGUGUAUGAUAAAACCAAACUAAGACCUCAUACAGAUCAUAGUAUUAUUAAAAAAAAAGCACAAACAAGAAUUAACUGUAAAGAAUAAAGUGUUUUCUUUUCUCCUUUUUUUAUUGUAGAGAAAAACACUUUUUGACAGUCAGUAGGAGCAGUAAUCAGAUGUAUGCAGUGUGAUCUCCCGUUCCUGUUUUAGAAACUCUGUAAGCUGGUCUGGGUACAGGUGAGGGUGACUGUGGAGGGGCAUUUUUGAACCCCAUGAACCAGCACUCAGUUCUGCAGUGACGCUCAGGCUUCUGUCUGUAUAUCCGUGUCUGUCCAACAAGGACUGCAGUCAGGCUGUCGCUGUUUACCACCACUGCGGAAUACAUUGAAAAGAUUUUUUUUUAAUUGCUUGGCUGUGUACAGCUAUAAAGUGCAGUGCUGACAACAUCUGAGCUACUGGAGGGUGGGCUUUCUUUCUUUCUUUUUUUUUGUAGAAAACAAAUGACUAUUAAAACAAAAAAAGAAAAAAAGCUAAUAGGUUGUCCUCUUGUCCCUGCCCCUCCUGUGUUGAUGCUCGUCAUGUGUAACUCCAUUGAAUUUGGUACUGAACCACUUCCUAAGGCUGGGCUGUGGUGUUGGACGACAAAUAAAAUAUAUUGUUUGGUAUAAA